AUGUCGCGUCCUCUCCCAAAUACUAGCCAGCGGCACCACGCGCAUUCGAUCUCGCUAGGCGCCCUCAAUCCAAACCACCGUGUAACUCGCCGAAAGAGUGUCACCACCGCCGCUGCCAAUGCUGCCGCCGCAGUCGCUGCCUCCAUGGAGGGCGGAGAGGCUACCUCGCUCCCUAUGGGUGCGCACCGCCGCGGCCUAGCAGGCCGCAAGGGAGUGGAAUCCGGCUCCAUCGGAAAUGUAUCUGGCUUCAGCUCCUACCUAUCCCGCAGUAUCAACAGCCCCAGCCAGGAAUCACCGGUCGCCCGCAAAGGUUCCCCGGGCUCGGACCAAUCCGAUGGCAAGCCCAAGAACCGGAACCGCCGAGCCAGCGAGGGUGCCCAACUCAAGACCGAAGGGAAGCGUGCUUCGACGGCCAUACGUUGCGAUCGCUGCGGGAAAGGGUAUAAGCAUGGCAGCUGCUUGUCUAAGCAUAUGUGUGUAUCUCCCCUACCGCUCGGCCGUCUUCCUCUAGCUCGAUCGGGAAUAUGCACCAUGUCGGCUCUGUGCAGGUCGCCCUCGUGGUGGGAACACGACCCAGCAUGGUCCGUCACUUCGAAGCUUCUCAUCUCCAAGCACCAGCAGGUUCAACUGCUGGAGGCCGCGUCCGUUUUGGUCACCAUGAACCACGAUGAUCCACCCGAUGAGUCCGCCGAGUUGGAGUCGGAAUUGUCGUCUGGAUCGCCGGACGCGCUGUCAGAAACGCGGGAUGGCAUCAGUUCCACUGAGACCACGCCACCCCCAAUGGACUCGGAGGAAGACGACGAUUUCGAGAUGUCGGGUGUGCCGGCACAGUGGACCAAACGCCCCAGCGUCAGCAACGCCUCCGGUUUCUCUCGUUCCUACCAGUCCAUUCCCUCCAGCUCGUACAACGAGAGUGCUCCGCUGCACUCGCCUACCUUCUCCCACUUCCGCCACUCGAGCAUCGAUACCCGCCCCUCGACUGCAGAUACACGGUUACACGAGGAUGAUGAGGCGGACCUUGCCGCCGCUAUCGGCCUGUGCAAUUUCGGGACUCCUCGCACGGGACCUGUUUCCAUGACCCCUGAUGUGCCACCAGUGCCUCCACUGCCGGCGCGCUACUUGGACUCAAGCAGCCACCCGAGCAACCAUGGUCUCCACUCCCUUCAAUCGCGCCCCAUAGAAGAGCCCGCUCGCCGAGACUCCGAGGCCAACAUCGAUGUUUUCUUGUCCCGGUCGCUCAACCCGUCGCUGUCGUACAAGGUGUCAGAUGAGCGCGAAGUCCGGACUGGUGGUGACGAGGCCCAGAAAUCUCGCCAACGUCGCAACGCCGACGUGGACUUUGGUAACCGCUCUGCGCCAGUGGAUGACGACGAUGGCGGUGUCUUUGGCCAUAUGGAAGAGUAA